AUGGACGGGCUAUCGGGUGUGGCCGGGUGCUCGGACCAGCUGCAUCAGCUGAGUCUGGGCCCCAACGCCGGACUGCCCUCCCUCCAGACCAGCCAUGCCCUCCUCUCCUCGCAGCCCAACUCAGGUCAGCCCAGUCCGGUCCAAGUCCAGUCCUCGAUGGAGAUCCAGAUGGAUUUCACUCGACCCGAUGCUCAACGGACUCGGCCUUUGUUGAUCGAUGGGAAAAGAUUGUACGUGGAUGAGCAUUACAUCUCGGUCUGGUCGCCCAUCCUCCGGUCCUGGUGCACAGAAUGCCCGGACCGAGAGUUGAUCUUGGCCAAUGUGCAAUACGAUCAUGUACAUGAGAUGUUGUUGGCCAUUCAUCCCACGUACAAAACUAUCGACGAACAAACUGUACAUAUCUUGCUGCCACUUGCCUAUGAUUAUCAAGUAAUUUCUUAUCAAUUAUACUCAUUUGUUGCUGCAAUUCAUAUCUCAUGAUGACGCAUUGUUUUAGAUGGAAGGCCUUCUUCAUCGUUGUGAAUGUUUCCUCAUCGUCCACAAACUGCCAUUUCUGGAGAAGGUCUGGCUAGCCGAUCGUUACAAGCUCAAUAGGUUGUUAGCUCUUCUGUUAAGAGAACUGAAGCCUUCUCAUCGCCUAGAUCUCAGUGGGACAAGAUAUUAUGGUCUGUCGGAUCGAGUGAAGGUUCUUUUGCUCGAACGCAUGCACGGAUCUCCCCCUCCUGAUGUAUGUAUUCCCCUUAAAAUUACUUUUCUGUCUAUAGGUCUCAACUGCAAGUCUAAUAUCUUCAGGAAUUGCCCGAGCCUCCCGUUGAUAUGGAUCAUUUCCUCAAUCCCAGCGACCUUAAUUUCGCCUCUGUCCGAGGCAAAAGUGGUCGUUCGUAUAAUGUGAAUCCGUAUUAUGUGGCUGCCUGGUCGACCGUCUUCCAAGAGCGGCUAUUUACUCUGAAUAGUACAGAUGACAUCUACUGUCCUUGCACUCAUGAAGAGCUCAAGUACUUCCUCAUGGCCAUAUAUCCACCACAGUUAAGGAUCACGGGUAUGUCUUAUAUUAGCCUUAGAAAUGAUAUUGCUGAUGUCAAAUAUAAUAUUGGUCCAAAACCUAAUCGGCGGUUACUUUAGAAUCAAACAUUGGCCCGGUUCUGAUGGCUGCCUGUAAGAUGGAAUCCCAAGGAUUGCUUCGGAAAUGCGCUCAAAUUCUCUUAAAUCCCCAAACACAGCUGUCGGUUUUUGUUCGCCUCUCAUUACUGGAUAGAUGUAAACUACAAGAUCUUCUGGCACAAUGCCUGACGAUGGUAAAUAGACCAGAGGAUAUCGUGGAAAUGUCACAACAACAGACUUGUAAGUUGUUAGAGCCCCACGACUUUUUUAGAUUGUAUAGUGCAAAUGAUGACUAAUCCACAAGGAUCCUCCUAAAACUCGUAUUUUAGAUGACUGCCUAUCGAUCCGCGCCCGUUCCGAGUUGAUGGAUCGUUUCAGUCACCUGGCAGGUCAACAAAACUUCCAACGGCAUCUCUGUCAUCGUUGCAAAAGCCAAUCUUUAUGUCAUGAUGUCACUUGGAUGUGCCCGCAAUGCAAGACAUAUUCAAGUGAGAAUCCUGUCGUUCAACGUCAACAGGCUCAAGUCUCAGCGGCCGCUCCUCCAGCCGUUCCGGGCUCUCAAUUGCAAGCUGCCUCGGGGCAUUCUCGCGGUUCGAAUAGAUCCCUCAACCAACAACCCGGUGUGAAUAAUGUGAAUCAUGUAAAGCAACCGCAGUAUAGGUAG